AUGUUAGGUCUUUCGGUGCUUGAUUUAAUAUUUGGUGUAGUGAAUAACUAAAUCUAAACAAUCAUUUUAAAUUCAGCACUUCUCGGAAUAAUAUUAUGUAAGAUUAUUCUAAUAUAUUCAAGUCAUUAUACUAUAUAAAUACAAAUAUUAGAAGAAACCUAAAUUGUUAGAAAUUUCAGUUAUGCUUUAUUAUUGCUCUUAUUAACUUGCAUUAAAGGGAGUUCCUUAUAUUUGGUUUAGUUUGCUAUCUAUUGCAUCAAAUAAGCAUAUCAUCUAAUUCAUUAUAUUAUUACUUAUAAUAGCCAUAACUUCCGCUUAAAUUGAACCCAUUUGUCCUAUAUGUCACUUAUAAGUGUUAUUAGAACAAAUAUUUUUGAUGGGAUUAUUAAUAUAUAAUCGAUUUAAUUUUUUUACAGAAAAGAAGAAAGCACAAAAGCAACUACAAAAGUAGAUAUUUUGUAAAAUCAAAUAUUGUUUAUAUAAUGAAAACCUAAUAGAUGUCGAUGAUAAAAAAUAGAAAUAACAAGAAAUAUCAAUUCUCUCUGGAGUUUCUUUAUCUUCUCAUCGUCUAGAUAAUUAAUAAUUAUAGUUGAAAACUUAAAAAGAUUUUAAAAUAAAGUGUUACUCUAUUAAUAGUAAUGAACAAGAAUAACGUGUUUUUAAUUAAAAACCAUUAGUAUUUGAUAGUAUUAGUAGUUUUCUUGAAAUAUUCUAAAAAGAAUUCAAAUAAAUGAAAAAUAAAAUAAUUAUAUCUUCUGAAUUAGAUAUUCCAACAGGAUAAAAAUUAAAAAGGAGAAUUUAUAUUCAAUAAUUUAAUAAUUUAGGUAAAAAAUAUUAUUAAAUUGCUAUGUUACAACAAGAUGAUAAUUUAAUUAAUAAAUAGAAUAAAAAUAUCAAUAAAUUUAAAUUAAGUUUAUCUAAAAUAUUUACUCAUAAGUUGAAAACUCCUUUGAAUACAACUCUUGGGUAUUUAUAAACUGCUAUUUAAGAAAAUAUUAGUGUAGAUGAAUAAUUAAAAAUGAAUUUUUUAAAACCUGCUUUCAUAAAUUCUAAAAUUUAAUUUUAUUAAGUACAGGAUAUUUUAGAAUAUAUUAAUUAAGAGGAUUUAUUAUAAUUUCGAAUAGUAAAAGUGAAUAUGCAUAAAACAUUAGGACUUAUUUAUGAUUUAAUUGAAUUAUAAUGUAGAGCAAAGAAAAUUAAAAUAGAAUUUUUAAUAAAUGAUAAACCUUUUAAUAUAAGAGAAAAGUAUAUUGUUAUUAUUAAUAUUAGACCUAUUUAUAUAUAAACAGAUCAAUAAAGAUUGGAAAGAAUUCUAUUCAAUUUAUUGAAUAAAUCUUAUAGACACACUCAAAUAAAUGGAAGAAUAUGUCUCCAUAUUUAAAUUGAUUCUGAAUUGAAUUAAGUAUAAUUUAAAAUUAAUGAUAAUGUAUUGGGAUUCAAAUAAGAAUAAGUAGAUUAAAUCAAUUCAUUUGCUUAAUAAUAAAAUAAAUCAAUAUCUUAAUUUAGAAAUUCUAUAGUCAAAAAAUCAAAGUUCAAAUUUAGUUUAACAUUAUAAAUAACUAACAAAUUAAUAUUUUUCUUAAGUGAUAUGUAAUGUUCACUAUAAGUCAGAAAUACAGUUGAAGAAGGUGCUAGUUAUUAUUUCUUUAUCAGUAUGAAUUGUCAAUAAGGUAGUUUUCAAUAAACUGUAGAUUUACAAAUGUUUAAUUCGAAUUCAUAACCUAAAAGUUCAAUUACAAUAAAAUAACCUACAAAUAGCUAUCCUUUUUUUAAUUAUACUCCAAGUUAGUAUUAAAUUAGGUAGUUUAUAUAAUUAUAUCUAAUUAGUAAAGAGAGAAUCUUUGAAGGUUUAGAUAUAGAUGAUGAACCCUGUGCUAAUAAACCAUUUUGUUUAAGUACUUAAAAUUUAUCAUAUUCUCCAUAACUUACAAUUUUAAGAACUCAAUAAGCUUAAUAGAGCAUAAUUUAAUAUUAGAAAAAUGUUUAUUAAAAAGAAUUUAAUGAAAAAUCAUUAACAUUAUCUUUAGCAUUUGAAAGAUCAAUAAAUAUGAAAAGAAUUGGAGAUUCUGUAGAUAUUAGAUAAGAUGUUAAUUAAACAAUAUUGUUAGUAGAUGAUGAACCAUUUAAUCAUGAUACAUUAAAACUAAUGUUAAAAAGUCUUGGUUUUAAGAAUUUCCUUAGUGGAUAUAAUGGUUAAUAAUGUAUAGAAUUAGUAUAAAAAUAUCAUAAUUCAAUAAAAAUUAUAUUUAUGGAUUUAGAUAUGCCAAUUAUGGGAGGAAUUAGAGUAAAAUUUAAUAAUAUUGAUAGGCAACUAAUGUUUUGAUUUAAAUGAUGUAAUAAAAUGAAAUUGAUUAUAUUCCAAUAGUUGCUUGUACUGCUCAUGAUGAUAAAAAUACUUAAUAAGAGUGUAUGGAAGCAGGAAUGCUUUGUGUUAUUGCAAAACCUGUAUUUGUAAGGAGUUUAUAAGAAGCUUUUGUGAGAGUAAAUGAAAUAAAGUUUAGAACUUCAAAUGUCUUAGCUGGAUCAAAAGUCAUAUCAUCAAGUAUAAAAUGA